AAUGAGUUGUAUUUGUUAUGUCAAAAAUGAACAGCAGCCAACUUCACGCAGUAAACCGUUUCUUUCCGGUUGAAUUUUUGACAGAUCAACAUCUAAAAAAUGGCCAAACGCACCAAGAAGGUUGGAAUCGUAGGUAAAUAUGGUACCCGUUAUGGUGCUUCCCUACGUAAGAUGGUGAAGAAAAUGGAAAUCACCCAGCACAGCAAAUAUACCUGCUCGUUCUGCGGAAAGGAUUCCAUGAAGCGCGCCUGUGUCGGCAUCUGGUCAUGCAAGCGUUGCAAGCGCGUCGUAGCUGGUGGUGCCUGGGUUUACUCUACCACUGCUGCUGCCUCCGUACGCUCCGCUGUACGUCGUCUCCGCGAAACCAAGGAACAAUAAACUGUUUACUUUUUUAAGCAGUCAAGUUUCUUAGUUUUUAACGACGUUUACAUUUAACAAAACAAAAAUUUAGUUUAAAAAUAAAAUAAAAAUUAGUUUUUAUCUAAUUUUUGUGCUGUUUUGCCAA